AACAACGUAAACGCCGCCAUCACCAAUCGCCCUUUACGUUACGACACUAUGGAUCCAGGGAUGUUUCGAUGAAGACACCCCACAGCCCCAUCUGAUCCGCUGUGUGUGCGUCAGUCCUGCUCGCUGCGGUAAACCCCGUAUGGAGGGGAUGCGGUCUCACCGCUGCGUAAACAUGGCUCAGCAUCAGCACCAACACCAGCAUCGGCUCUUCUACUGCGUCCUACUGCUCCUGUGUGCGGUCAGAACCAUCAGCGCCAGGGCCUCGCAGAUCUCCGACCUCAAAUCCAAGAUCACGGGCGUCGAGGAGCUGCUUGAGGAAUUCCGCAAGCAGCUCCAACAGGACCAGGCGUACUCCACCGGCAGGCAGGGCGGCGGUGGCGCGGUCGUGGACUCCUGCCUGGGCGAGUUCACCAGCGCCGACGAGCUCAUCAUCCGCGCCAAGGCCUCAAUCGAACAGGGGGCAACGUUCCUCUCGCCCGGCCCGGUGUACAACUGGAAGGACUGCCUACACGCCUGUUGCUCCGAGCCCCACUGCACCCUGGCCGUGGUGCAGGAGGACCUAGGCGAAUCCGAGGAGAGCCUCCAUUGUUAUCUGUUUAAUUGCACGUACAGGAACAAGAACGUGUGCUCGUUCACGCCGCAGCAGGGGUUCAGCACCUACAGCCGCGGGGCCAACGCGACGGUGGGGCACCCCUCACCGGCACCCCUCUCCUCCUCCGGGGGGAGUUCAGACAAGAACACCGCCGCCGCCGCAGGACCCGCGCACACCCCCACUAACGAUGACGAUCCGAAGGUGGUGGACGAGCCCCCGCGCAGUGACGCCGGGCAGGACGUGGUGAUCCAGCUGCCCACCGACUGGGCCGUGCUGGACGGGCGCGACAGCCUGGACGACUACGGGGUCAGCCGCUACGAGUGGACGCUGGUGCAGGGGGAGCCCUCCGUCAGCAUGAAGGUGAGCCACCCAGGGCUGCUGAAGAUCAGCGGACUGCAGCAGGGGGAGUACACCUUCCAGAUGACCGUCACGGACACCGGCGGCCAGAAGAGCUCAGACAACGUGUCGGUCACCGUGCUCGCCCCGGAGCGCCUCGCAGAAGUGUGCACAGGCCGCUGCUCCCACUACCAAUUCCUGUGUGACGACGGCUGCUGCAUCGACAUCGACUACGCCUGCGACGGCAAGCAGCACUGUCCAGACAACUCGGACGAGGACUUCUGCCCCAAAUUUGAAAGCAGCAGGAAGUCAGUGACCCACCCCGUGUCUGGAGGGGCCGUCAGCCACAGCGUGCCUGCAGCGUCCCAGAUAGAGGGGGCCGACUCCACACUGCGGGCGGGGCCCGAGGUCCGGAAGACGGUGGAGAGCGUCGUGCCCCACCCAGUGGCGCCUGAGCCCCGGGACCGGACCAAGGCGGCCCCCCCUCCGCCUCCUCCUCCCCCAGCUCACCAGGGCCCCAGUGUCCAGGACGCCCCCGCAGGCCAAGAUCCCUGCGCUGCCUCCCCUGUCGUCGGGCCCUGCAAAGGUACCUUCCCACGCUGGUACUAUGACCGAGAGGCAGGGGAGUGCAAACACUUCCUCUACGGCGGUUGCCAGGGAAACCAUAACAACUUUCUCCAGGAGAGUGACUGUGUCAACGAAUGCAUACAGAAAAGUCCGAUAGUGAAACCAACCACUGUGCCUACCCCGACCCCAGCAACCACCCAGAGCCACACAGAAGGAUUUAAAGAACUGAUGGCACGCGGCCACGUGGAGUUGGAAGUCCCCGUCUCCAAACCAUACCCAGCCAAGGACGGCCAUCCUGUCCCAGAGUCAGGUGCCAUCCUCCCCCUGGCUCUUGGCAUCCUCAUCACCUCCCUGCUCCUGCUUAUGAUUGGCUGCCGCCUCCGCCUUGUCCGCCACAAGCUGAAGAAGACCCGCCCCCUCACCACAGAGGAGUCCGAUUACCUCAUCAACGGCAUGUACCUUUAACCUGCUAACGGAGGGAUCGGUGUUGACAUCGCUCUUCAGUCCGACCCUGCAGAAGCUAAGAUUAGCUGCUGGAUUCAUCAUACAUACUGUAUCCCUUGAAUUGUUUGUUUGUUCAAUCAGAAAACUCUCGACCCACGUGUCCGUGAUGACAGGCUGCAUGCCCCCCCUCCCCCUUUCCCCGUGCUCAGAGCCAUACUCUAAUCUCCCCCAGGAUUGGUCAAUGCAACUUUCUGUCGGCAUAUUCCCUGAGCAGGGGUGAUGCUCAUUGGAUGAUAUCAAUGAAUGAAGAGAUUAUUCCCUGCUGUCUUGUCUCAACAAUCCUCAUAUAUAUAGAGAAAGAGAGCGAGAGAGAGAUAUACCAGUGGUUCCCAACCUUGGUCAGGCAUAUGGGGUCGCAAGAGAUUGCGAUGCAUUUAUAUUCUCUCGGGCAUUGAUAUAACCGGCAGAUGUUGCUUGGCCAAAAAAUUAGUUGUAUGGAAGCAGAUGCAUGAAAGUUAAAGUUGGGGUCACAAACACCUGGCAACGGGGUCAAAAGCCAAAAAGUUUGGGAACCACUGACAUAUAUACACAAGCUCAGCGUUUAAAUAUAUAUUUUGCAUCCUAUUUUCCUGUUUGUGUUGUUGAUGCUGUACAGAACCAUUCCUCUGCCACCGAGUGGCCCUGUUGUCCUAUUGUUUGUGUCAUGUAUGUUUUGUUCUGCUUUUAAUCAACCCUAGAAACUAAAUGAACAGAGCUUUGGAAUUAAGUAUAUUCGUAAAGUUAAUUAAUUUGUCUCCUGCAGUCAUUUAAAUCUCUAGUAUGUGCCUGAUCAUUACAGUAACAGAUAUGUUACGGACCAGAUUGUUUUUAGAUGCAUAUGUCUAUAUGGCCUCUACAUCCUGUGUCUUAUAAAGUUUAU